ACAUAAAGUUAGUCCCCGUUGUCUUAUAACAAAAAGUUGCUGUUGGUAAUUGCAAUCUCUCUUUCUCUAUAAAGUCAAGAUAGCCGUUGCACAUCACCCCCUCUUUGUAUUAUUAACACUAAACAAACGUUUCCCUCUUCAUCAAGGAAUCUCUCUCCCCACCAUACCCUUUUCUCCCUUUUGCUUUCUUUUUCUCUUUCCAUCGCUCCUCUUCUUCUCCAUCCAACCCAUUUUUUCUUGUGCAUUCCUCAACCAAAUCCAAUGAAUACCCUUGUUUCAAAAUCCAAACUUUCAACUCCAUCAUCAAGUUCUAGAAGCAGUGGAAGUAGCUGUAGCAGCAGUGAAAGCAAUGAAAGCUAUAACAUAUUAGAACUUCAAGUUCAACAUAUCAACUAUGAACCACCACCACCAACAUGUCAAUCAUUUUCACAUCGAUCAUUGGCGAUUCUUUCGGGACAUGUUGGAUCAGUUUCAUGUUUAGCUUUAUGUGGUGAAUUCAUAUUGAGUGCUUCACAGGGUAAAGACAUCAUAGUAUGGCAACAACCAGAUUUAAGGUUGUUUGCCAAAUUCGGACAAGGCGAUGGAUCUGUGAAAGCACUUGCUACCGUCGGUAACAAGGUUUUCACAGCUCAUCAAGAUAGUAGGAUUCGUUGUUGGAAAGUGUCGAGGAGUUCUGAAAAUGUUUUCAGACUCGUUGACACGCUUCCAACAACGAAGGACUAUUUGGGGAGAUUUAUGAAACAUAGUAAUUAUGUUCAAACUAGAAGACAUCAUAAGAGAUUAUGGAUUGAACAUGCUGAUAGUAUUUCUUGUUUGGUUGUUCAUAAUGGGUUGAUUUAUUCAGGUUCAUGGGAUAAGACACUUAAAGUUUGGAGUGUUUCUGAUUUGAAGUGUUUGGAAUCAAUUAAAGCUCAUGAUGAUGCUAUUAAUGGGUUGGUAGCAUGUAAAGGGAUUAUUUAUUCAGCUUCUGCAGAUGGAAAAAUUAAAGCUUGGGGAAAAGACGGUAAAAAUUUGCAUUCGUUAAAGGGUACCCUGAAAGGUCAUAACGAUGUUUCGUUUAAUUCUGUUGUUGUUUCGGAUGACGGGAAAUGGGUUUAUGGAGGUGGUUCAGAUGGUUAUGUAAUGUGUUAUGAAAAGAUUAAUGAAAAUGUUGAGAAUUGGAAAAUGGUUUUUGAGACAAAAGCACAUGAAAUGGCUGUUUUGUGUAUGUGUUUGAUGAGUGAUUAUUUGUGCACAGGUUCAGCAGAUAAAAGUAUAGGUAUUUGGAAAAGAGAAUCUUUUGGUAAAAUUUGUAAAGUUGGGGUUAUAAUUGGACAUGAAGGACCUGUGAAGUGUUUGCAAGGUUCAUUAUCUAAUAGAAUUGGUGAUGGAUUUUUGUUGUAUAGUGGAAGUCUUGAUAGAAGUGUGAGAGUUUGGUGGGUUUCAAAGUAUGGUAAAACACAAGUGGAAGAGAAAAAAUUACAGCACUUGGUAGCACAUUGAGGUAGGGCCCAGCAUGACCUGCAAUCUGACUCGAAACCGACAUAACCGCCAAUAAGCAUUCGGUCGGAUCCUAGUCGGGUGCUGGUCGAGUCCUCGGGUCAAUGGUUGAGGAAUGAAGGCUUAUAAAGAAAAGAAGUACAUGAUCUGUUUUUGUUGUGUCUAAUGUGCUUCUUUCUUUGAUACAUUUUGGAAUUGAAGGCUUUGUUUUUUAUGCAUCUUGAAAUUUCUUUUUUUUUUUUUUUUGGUUUGUAGUUGGUGUUUAUGCCAUUAUUUAUUUAAUUUUUUUUGUGAGAGUUGAUUGUAGAGUAAAAUUGAAGGGUUAUGGUUUGUGUUUUUAUAGUUUUCUUGGUAAAGAAAUUAGGGGGAUAUAGCAGAGUGGUUUGGUUAUACAUUUCUUUCAAAAUUCAUUUUAAUAUUUCUAUACAAUUGUAAUUGUUGUGACUAUAAAGGAUUCAAUCAAUGGAAUAAUUUAUGUUGUCUUGUUGUUUUACAUGUUGAAUCCAUUUGUAGCUUAAUGAACAUGUUGCAUUUUUUAAGUGUGUUAUUAAUUUUUUAUUAUUAUACUAGGAAAAGGAAAAGGCCUGCGGAAUAUGGCACUUUGUUUCCAUACUUUGCGCAAUUAAGAAGGAAAAAGUAAA